UGCGAACAGUUCCUGCUGCAUGUCGACAGAAAACAUUCGAUUGAACCGAGCUCACGUGUUCGUUCGGCGGCGUUAAAUUCGUGUUUUUCUGCGGAGCAACAUGGAGGACGUGAACGUUAUCAAGCUGCCGGAGACGGAGGACAGAACACCGGCCAAGAAAAGAGCCAGACCGCCGCAGUUCGACCCCGAGAGAGAAGAACAGGACCGGCAGACGAACGUGAAGAGGCUGGCGGUGCUGGGGGAGACGGACGGCUCGGUGAAGCUGCUGGAGGAGCUGGUGUUCGGGGCGGAGGAAGAGCUGCUGGAGAGGCUCGUGGAGCAGGAGGAUGAGGACCAGACUGGAACUCUGCUGCUGCAGGACGAAGACGAAGAGUCCGAGGAUGAAGCUCCUCAGCAGCAGCAGCCGGUCAAAAAAGCUGCCUGGGUGGACGAAGACGACGAGCUGGACGAAGAGGUGGACAUGAGGCAUCGUUACCGUAGAAACCUGAUGAGGGGAGAGGCCGAGUCGACCAUGUCCAAACAGAAACUACAGCAGAGGAUGAGGGAGCAGUUCCAGAAGGCGAUGGGGGGAACACCAUCAUGGGCAGAGAGUGGUGCCCAGAAGAAAAAGAAGAAGAAGAAGAAGAAAGCUGCUGAUGAAGAAGAUGACGACGAUGAUGAUGAAGACGAUGAAGAUGACCUGCUGAGGAGGACGGGAAACUUUGUGGCGUCUUCAGAGAGUCUGCCCAGCGGCAUCCUGAGGAUGAAGAAGUGUCUUCAUGCUAACAGCGCUCGGCCAUCAGAGGACAGACUGACCACCGUCCAGUUCCACCCCUCAGCUCAGGUCGUCAUGACCGCCGGCCUCGACCAGUCCGUCUGCCUCUUCCAGGUGGACGGAAAGACAAACCCGAAGAUCCAGAGCAUCCACCUGGAGCGCUUCCCCGUCCACAAGGCUCAGUUCAGCCGCGACGGAGAGGUCGUCAUCGCCACGAGUUUCAGGAACAAGAUGUUCUACCUGUACGACAUGAUGGAGGGCCGAGUCACGCCUGUUCACACCGUCAGAGGUCUGAAUGAAGCCCGGGUGAAGGAGUUCUCAGUGUGUCCUGAAGGAGACGCCCUGCUGCUCACUGGGACUCGUGGAUACCUGCACCUGCUCACACUAAAGACGAAGGAGGUGGUUCGCAGUGUGAAGAUCAACGGUGACGUCAGCGGCGUCGCACUUUCUCCUGACGGCAGCAAAAUCUUCGCAAACUCAGAGGAGGGGGAGGUGUAUGUGUUUGAUUUGCGCAGCAGUCGGUGUGUCAACAAGUUCUCAGAUGACGGCUGUGUGAGGGCGUCGUCUAUCGCUGCAUCUCGUAACGGACAGUACCUGGCUUGUGGCUCUCAGUCAGGUGUGGUCAACAUCUACUCCCAGGAGGCGUGUCUUAACUCAGCCAAUCCGAAGCCCCUGAAAGCCGUAAUGAACCUGCUGACCUCAGCGACCGCCCUCGCCUUCAACCCUUCAUCUGAGAUCCUCGCUAUCGCCUCCAGGGCCGAGGACGAAGCUGCACGGCUGGUACACCUGCCCAGCCUCACCGUCUUCUCCAAUUUCCCCGUCGCUAAGAGGAAGAUCGUCUACCGAACCAGCUGCCUAGACUUCUCCCCAAACAGCGGCUUCUUCUCAUUGGCUAACAACAAAGGCCAAGCCCCCCUGUUCAGGUUGCUGCAUUACAAAGACUUCUGAGGAGCAGCUGUGGAGGAGCUUUGUGUAAAUACUGUGAUGAGGAGUUAAAACAGUGAAAGUUUGAAUGGAGUCUGGCUCAGAGCCGAACACACCGAAGAUCCUCAGAACAAACUCACAUGUUGACUUUUAUUGUUUGUAUGAUCUCAUAAAAGAAUGAAACUGAA